AUGAAGGCGGCCGGCGGGACGGGCGUGCAGCGGAGCAUGGAUCAGGACAGGUUUACAUUCCCCAAGCACUGCUCCGUGUCUGAUGCUGGAGCUGUCCUUUUGAGCCCAGUGGCGCCCCGCCUCCCCCCGCCAUCACCCGCCUCCCCCCGCCCUCACCCGCCUCCCCCCGCCCUCACCCGCCUCCCCCCGCCAUCACCCGCCUCCCCCCGCCCUCACCCGCCUCCCCCCGCCCUCACCCGCCUCCCCCCGCCCUCACCCGCCUCCCCCCGCCCUCACCCGCCUACCCCCGCCCUCUCGGUUACGUAG